UUGCAGCACUAUUGUUAUUGCAAAGACAAUAAACAAACAAAUUUUUUCUUUGCCAGACGAAAAACAGUGUCCAGAAGCCUCAAAAUAUAAAUGGGAGUUACUGUCCUGCAACCGUAUCCGCUGCCAGAGGGUAAAUCCGGUGCGCACAUAAUCGACCAGCUGGGGAAAAGGCUGCUCUCGCUGGGCGCCACGCAUGCCGGCCAGUUCCUGGUGGACUGUGAGAGUUUUAUUUCCACUCCCCAGCCCCACAAUGGGGCGCCAGGACGAGCCGUUCAUGUCCUUCACAAUUCCGAGUAUCCCGCCUCGACGUUUUCCAUCAUCGACAACGGAACCGGGAAACAGGUCGCCCUGGUGGCGGACAACAUCUUCGAUCUCCUGAUGCUCAAGAUGACCAACACCUUCACCUCCAAGAAACAGACGAAGAUCGAGUCGCGCGGCGCUCGUUUCGAGUAUGGGGAUUUCGUGAUCAAGCUCGGCUCCGUCACCAUGAUGGACCACUUUAAGGGAAUCCUGGUGGAGAUCGAAUACAAAUCCUGCGUUAUUCUGGCCUACUGCUGGGAGAUGAUCCGUGAAGUGCUUCAGGGCUUUCUGGGAAUUUCCGUUUCCAAGGAUUUCCCCUCAUACUUCGCCCCGCAAACGAUCAUGACGCCGAUGGGCCAGCAGCAGCUCCACACGAAGCACAACGACAUCUAUGAGCCCAUGGACACGGUGAAGCAAUACCUGGAAACGUUCACCAACUACCGGAAACAGGUGCACAGCGGCAUGGGCGGGAAUACGGUGGGCCAGCCCAUGCACAUGUCGCCAUCGAUGGCGGGCCUGAGUAGACCCUGAUCCGCCGAAGUGAAGCUGGAGCCACCGGUGGUGGAGUGAUCGGGAGUCCUUUUUCAGGAUACCGAUGAUUUUCAAUUUUUUUUCAACAAUGCUUUCUAAACGGAUAUACAUAUUGUGUGUGUUUCCCAUCUUUAUGGGUUUUCGAUGGUGUUAUUAUGUUCUUGUCGAUGUCUAUGCUUAAAAUAUUGAAAUAUAAAAGAUUGUAAAAAUGAUUAUAAAUAAAAUAAUCAAUUUUCAAUCUCUUAAGAUUAAGCAAAAAAAACAAAAUAUUGUGAAUAGGCAGAAUUAAAUUAAUUAAAAUAUUGUGAAAUAAAAACACUACAACACUAUAGUUGGCAGAUAAAAUUAAGAAAUAAAUUAUAAAAUAAAUUCCCACUUAUUCUUAACCCUCUAUUGCAUAACUAAAAUAAAGGUAAUAAAGGAAAAACAUUUUUUUUUUACAUAAAUAAAUAACAUUUAACAUAUUUUUUCAAAAUUGAAUUUCAACAGAUUAAAAUCUGAUUAGGAAAUGUAUCUUUGUAUCAAAAAAAGAUAUAAAGUGUAUCCCAUUAUUAUAAGAAGCCAUAUAUGGCCCUGUAUGCGGUAGAGGGUUAAAAAUCUAUAUAUUUUUUUUCAAAAAUAAACACAAUUUAUGACCCCCUGAGUCCAUUGCCAAAUGCAUUCAAAAAUUAAAAUUUUUUUUUCAUUUUAUUUUUAUGUAUAUUUUCUGCUUUAACACAAUAGUUUAUAUAUAUAUUUAAUAUAUAGAUGUGUGGAUGUGGUGCAUAUUUUUUUUUUUUUUUCAAAUAAAAAAAAUACGCUGGAGUAAAUAUGAAUUUGUUUUUUUUUUUUUGUAUGUAUGAUGUGCGAAAAAAAAAACAAAAAAAAAUGUAUAUUAUAGGACGGGAUGUGGAGGGGGAGGAGGGGUUAAAAGCAAAGUGCAAAAGUCAUAUUUUCUUAUCUUAAAAAAUGCAAUGUUUAUUUAAUCAAAGAAAAAAAAAAUAGGGAGUAAGUGAGAAAAUAUGAAUUGUAGUAGAUAUAUGGUAAUAUAUAUGUGGUAAUAUGCAAAAUAUGAAACAUAUUCAUGUUUCUUCCUCUCUCACACACACUUAAUCAAAUAUUAAGGAAGUAUUACAGUUAAUUAGUAAAUUAGUGAUGAUACAAAAUGAAGAAUUUUUAAGAACAAAAAUAGGUGAGGUUUUUCAACGAUUGUUCAUUAAAAUUACUGCCGUAUUACAAUAGAUUUCAAAAGUUCACAUGAUUUUAUUUUUGUUUUGUUUUUGUUUUUGAAACGAUUCAAGUUCAUGCAUGUUGUGUAUGUCGUGAGUGUGGUCGUGAGUCUCGUGUGUAUGUGUGUAUAACAGUUUCAUAUAAGUAAUAUACUUUGUUUUUCUCUCUUCUCUUUCAUGUGGCAUUUAUGAGAGCAUGCUCUAAGUACGCUGCUCAGCCGAAGAAGAACCCACACAACAAAAUGCAAUUAUCGUUGUUCCUUGGUAUUCCACCAUCCUCAUAUAUCCCGUUAGCCCAUUUUAGAUUCCUUCCUCCUCCUCUCAUGGCAUAUGGCUGGAUUGGAUUGGAUUUGAUUGUUUUUUUUCUUUUUCUACAUAAUAUGAUUGAGUUCCUCUCUCGUCUUGUUUUUUUCUUUUUGUUUUUGCUUUUCUUUUUUUUUACAAAUAUUUAAAAUAUAUACUUCCUUCCGCUUUACGUUCCAUAAUGGGUUGGUUAGAUUAAAUGGUUUUAUGUUUUUUUUUUAUUUUUUAA